AUGUCCUCUGCCUCCGCAUUUGCAUCAGCCUUCAGUCUACUGUCAAUGAAGGUUGAUGUAAUUGGCAAGCUCAAAGGCCCCACCAACUAUUAUCGGUGGUCACUGAUGAUGAAGCAGUACUUCAUUGCUGCAUGCACAUGUGAUGGCACUGAGACAAAGCCUGUUAUCAGUGGCACUGUCACUGCCGCUGACCUUGAAGCAUGGGAGAACACCAAUAACUAUGCAAGGUUCUAUAUCAUCACCACUCUUAGUGAUGAGCUCCUCCAUUUUGCAGAGAAAAUGGACAUCACCACUGCUGCACUUUGGAAGAAGCUUAAGGACAACUACACCACCACCACUACCAUGUCAGCCUUUGUCAAAUUUCGUGCAUACUUCUCACACACAAUCACAAACAGCAACAACUUUGCUGCCCAACUUGAUGAAUAUGCCCGACUCUGGCAAAAAGUGGACGCCUCUGGGGCUUGGAGAACUCCAGAGCUGCUGCAGAUCUUUGGUCUGCUCAUGGCCCUCUCCGACUUAUUUAACAACAUUGUGGAGCCCAUCCUUGCUGACACAAAGUUUGCUGACCUCAAGCUUGAUGACAUCCACAACCAUCUCCUCAAUGAAGUGAAAUGUUGCACUACAAGUGUCGCCACUUUCCAUGCCCUGAAUAUGAAGGCUUCCUCAUCGGCCAAGCCUAAGUCAGGCAGGGCUGGAGAGAAGGGCAAGUGCAAUUUCUGUGGGUACAAAGGCCACUACGAGCAGGAGUUCAGCUCCUCCCACCCCCAGUCUCUUGCUAUUGAGCCUUAG